GGGGCCCUGGAGGAGCCCAUUGCACAGAGAUUCUUCAAACAGGUCAUUGAAGCCCUGCAGUUCUGCCACUCCAAGGGAAUUGUGCACCGGGACAUCAAAGAUGAGAACAUCCUUGUUGACACCCGCACCGGAGACAUCAAAAUCAUUGACUUUGGAUCUGGUGCUCUACUGAAGGACUCCAUUUACACUGACUUUGAAGGGACCAGAGUCUACAGCCCUCCAGAGUGGAUCCUCCACCAGCGUUACAGCGCUCAUCCGCUCACCGUGUGGUCGCUGGGUGUACUUCUGUUUGACAUGGUGUGUGGAGACAUUCCCUUUGAGCAGGAUGCUGACAUUGUACACGGCGCUCCAAGUUUCACUAAACGCAUCUCCAAAG